GGCACCAAGCCUCAAAUUGACAUGUCAUGACAAGGCAGAAGGACCGGUUUGUCGAAAGCUACAGUAUUUUACUGGUUCAACGCUGCACCACGUAAAUGAGAGCUACAGCUUGAGCUAGCUAUAUGUACCUGCAAGUUCAGCGAACGAGCAGCUAGCUAACCUUUGCUUUCCUUGGCAGGCUAACUAGCUAUGGCUUGAUUACAGCAUUUAGCUAGCAAACAACAGAUAUCUAGCUGCUAGUUAUUAGGUAUUAGGUGCUGAUUGCAAACGUGGAUUUCCAACAUGUGGUGCACAUAGCACGUAUUUCAACAUUUUAUAUGACUUGUAUAAAUUUACAUUUAAUAUUUUGUCGAGCGGGCCACAAAUGGAACCAGGGAGUUCGCGUGAAAGUCCAUCCGGCUCUGGGGGUCCCGAAGUGGCGGGCCUACGUGAGGAGACCCCCGGCGAAGAGGCUGAGGAUGGGGACAACUGUAUCCUGAAAGGAGGAGGAGACGGAGGCAACGAAAACACUCUGGACAGGAUGAAAGCAGAAUGUAAGGAUGAUGCUGUUACUGGGAAAAAUAUUGAGGAUACUGAUGAAGACAAAUUUGAAGAGGAAUUGGACCCUAGAAUUCAGGAGGAGCUUGAGCACCUAAAUCAGGCCAGUGAUGAGAUCAACAAGCUGGAACUGCAACUGGAUGAUGCUCGGUCCAGCUACAGGAGGAUCCUCACUGACUCAGCCAGGAAGCUCAAUGCUCAGGGCUCCCAGCUAGGCACCUGCAUCGAGAAGGCCAGGCCCUACUACGAAGCCCGCAGACUAACCAAAGAGGCCCAGCAGGAGACUCAGAAGGCAGCGUUGCGGUACGAGAGAGCCGUCUCCAUGCAUACGGCUGCCAGAGAGAUGGUGUACGUGGCAGAGCAGGGGCUCCUGGCAGACAGGAACACUCUGGACCCCACCUGGCAGGAGAUGCUCAACCACGCCACCUCCAAGGUGAACGAGGCAGAGGAGGAGCGGCUGCGGAGCGAGAGGGAGCACCAACGGGUCACUCAGCUCUGCCAGGAGGCAGAGCAACGUGUCCAGACCCUCCAGAAAUCCCUGAAGAGGGUCAUCGUCAAGUCCAAACCUUACUUUGAGCUCAAGGCUCAGUUCAACCACAUACUAGAGGAGCACAAGGCGAAUGUGGUGCAGCUGGAAGAACGUGUCGCAAAGGUGAAGAUGCGCUACUCCGUCGCCCUGCGCAACCUGGAGCAAAUCAGCGAGCAAAUCCAUGCUCAGAGGGGGCGUGUCCGAGCCACCAGGGCCCACCUCGUAGCCUGCGGUGGACGGAGCUCCCCAGUGGGGGCGGAGGCUGAGGUCAAAGCUGCGGUCGGGGUUCAGGUUGGAGGAGCCUGUGGCGGAGGAGGAGGCUUGGAUGAGAAGGACUGGGCUGAUGGAGAGAAGACCAGGCAGUGGGUGGAGAGACACAGAGAGCAGGGCUGGGGUCACAGGGAGAGGGGGGAGGCAGGGUCAGACUCCAUGUCUGACAUGAGCCUCCAGACCAUCGCUUCGGAUCUGGAGAAGUGUGACUCGGUGGGGCACCUGGGGGAUCUGAGUGACGUGAGCAGCCUGAUGGGAGAGGACUGGGAGAGGGAGAGGGACCAGUCCUUUAUGGCUGAGAACAGAGACCGAGACGGGAACCCCAGGGCAGAGGAGAGAGUUGUGAGGGGCGUGAGCAGCCUGAUGGGAAAGGAGAAGGAGAGGGAGAUGUCCUUGAUAGCUGAGAUCCGAGACGGGAACCCCAGGGCAGAGGAGAGAGUUGUGAGGGACAUGAGCAGCCUGAUGGGAAAGGAGAGGGAGAGGGACCAGUCCUUUAUGGCUGAGAACAGAGACCGAGACGGGAAACCCAGGGCAGAGGAGAGAGUUGUGAGGGACGUGAGCAGCCUGAUGGGAAAGGAGAGGGAGAGGGACCAGUCCUUUAUGGCUGAGAACAGAGACCGAGACGGGAACCCCAGGGCAGAGGAGAGAGUUGUGAGGGACGUGAGCAGCCUGAUGGGAAAGGAGAGUGAGAUGUCCUUGAUAGCUGAGAUCCGAGACGGGAACCCCAGGGCAGAGGAGAGAGUUCUGAGGGACGUUGUCAUCCCCACUCCAAGGCAGGAUAGAUUGGAAGAGGUGAGGGGGGCGAUACGGAGAGAGAGACAGGAGAGCUUUGUCAAGCAGCACCACAGAAGUGUGAGUUUGUGAGUCCAGAAGAAUAGAAUGGGCUGGUGAGUGAUGAUGAUGAGUGAUCAAAUAAGGGAAUGAGAUCAGAAGGUCAACAUCAUAGAAAAGACAUGGAGACUGUAGAAGCACCCUAUUCCCUAUAUAGUGCACUACAUUUGACCAGAGCUCCCGUAGGUAAUGGGGUGUCAUUUGGGACGCUGCCUGCAUCAUUGUGAGGCUGCCUGCAUCAUUGUGACGCUGCCUGCAUCAUUGUGAGGCUGCCUGCAUCAUUGUGAGGCUGCCUGCAUCAUUGUGAGGCUGCCUGCAUCAUUGUGAGGCUGCCUGCAUCAUUGUGACGCUGCCUGCAUCAUUGUGACGCUGCAGAGGGGAGUAGCAGGGAGGAGGGUGGCUGGUGCAUCAUGAAUAACAAUGUGAGAAAGAGAGAAGAGGAAGUGAUUUUAAACUAUGUCCCUGUGGGAAUUGUAGUUCUCUCACACUGAUCUGUCUAUUGUUCCACACAGUAAAGAUAUCGGUGACCUGAGACUGCCAACGCAUGACAAAUCCACUGAGGCCAAGGCUCGUCUAAACACAAUGCUGAAUGUAGAUACAGAGACCACAUAACUUAGGCCAUACACUUACUCUACUGACCGUUUCACAUGCGGGAGAAAUUUACGCAGCAAAGCUUAUUUUAGGAAUGUUAUUUUUAUAUUGACUUUAGUCCCUGAAGUAAUACCUUUUUUCCGUAUGGAUUGAAUUAGCACAUAAUAGUUUUUUGUUGUUGCUCGUCCUUGGCAUGAACACAUGGUGUUAAUGCCAGCGAUACUGCUCUCUCUCCCUCUUGAGUAGAAAUACAAACAGGAAUAUGAUUAUUGUAUUUUAAACACCUUCGGAUAAGAAGGUAAUUUAAACAAACAUUUGAUUUAGUUUGUAGACCAGUUGUAUUGUUUUUUACCUCCCGGUAGAAUGUUCUGGAAAUGUUCCCAGCAGCUAGAGGACCAACGACUCCUCAGACACGAGACUGUAGAGAAUGUUUCUGUCACUCACAUUGAUCUAACACUUCCCACAGUGUUUCUCUCUCUGACCUUUUCACAAUCCCUGUUUUCUGUCAGGAAGAAAUGUCAGCUAGCCUGGGGUUGUGUCCAAUAUUACACCCUAUUCCAUAUGAAGUGAACUGUUUUUUACCAGGGCCAUUUGGGACCUUUCCCAGAUGUUACACUGCAUGGUGGGAAAUGGUUCUAAUUAACUCCUUUAGUAUUGUAUACGCUAUAAAGAACAGUUUUUGACGAACUUCUAAAAUAAGAUUUUAAUUUGACUGAAAUGUAUUUUAAGUGUCCUUAGCCGUCCAAAUUAUAAGAUAUUCUGUAAGAGUUUAACGCGCAAAUAACCCCGGUCGUCGAUGAUGACAUUUUUUAGUAAUCAAGAAAUCUCAAUUCUAAACCAUUUAUUAUUACAUUUCUUAACCGUUUUCCUUGAAUAGUGAGACUACAUUUUUAAAAUUGUUUUAGAUUUGAAAUAGUUUGCCAGUGUUUUACCGUAGUUAACACUGUUUAAACAUUAAUUGGUAAUUUGGUAUUUUAUUAGGAUCCUCAUUAGCUGUUGCAAAAGCAGCCGCUACUCUUCCUGGAGUCCACACAAAACAUAACAUCAAUAGACAGUAGAAGGACAGAACUACAUUGUUUUUUCUUUAUUUUUUACACCUUUAUUUAACGAGGCAAGUCAGUUAAGAACACAUUCUUAUUUCACAAUGACGGCCUAGGAACAGUGGGUUUAACUGCCUUGUUCAGGGGCAGAAAGACAGAUUUUUACUUUGUCAGCUCGGGGAUUCGAUCUUGCAACCUUUCGGUUAACUAGUCCAACGCUCUAACCGCUAGGGUACCUGCCGUCCCUACACUCUAACCACUAGGCUACCUGCGGUCCCUACACUCUAACCACUAGGGUACCUGCCGCCCCUACACUCUAACCACUAGGGUACCUGCUGCCCCUACACUCUAACCACUAGGGUACCUGCUGCCCCUACACUCUAACCACUAGGGUACCUGCCGCCCCUACACUCUAACCACUAGGCUACCUGCCGUCCCUACACUCUAACCACUAGGCUACCUGUGGUCCCUACACUCUAACCACUAGGCCACCUGCCGUCCCUACACUCUAACCACUAGGCCACCUGCCGUCCCUACACUCUAACCACUAGGCCACCUGCCGUCCCUACACUCUAACCACUAGGCAACCUGCGGUCCCUACACUCUAACCACUAGGCUACCUGCCGUCCCUACACUCUAACCACUAGGCUACCUGCCGCCCCUACACUCUAACCACUAGGCUACCUGCCACCCCUCCACUCUAACCACUAGGGUACCUGCCGCCCCUACACUCUAACCACUAGGGUACCUGCCGCCCCUACACUCUAACCACUAGGCUACCUGCCGCCCCUACACUCUAACCACUAGGCUACCUGCCGCCCCUACACUCUAACCACUAGGCUACCUGCCGCCCCUACACUCUAACCACUAGGGUACCUGCCGCCCCUACACUCUAACCACUAGGCUACCUGCCGCCCCUCCACUCUAACCACCAGGCUACCUGCCGCCCCUACACUCUAACCACUAGGGUACCUGCCGCCCCUCCACUCUAACCACCAGGCUACCUGCCGCCCCUCCACUCUAACCACUAGGGUACCUGCCGCCCCUACGCUCUAACCACUAGGGUACCUGCCGCCCCUCCGCUCUAACCACCAGGCUACCUGCCGCCCCUCCACUCUAACCACUAGGGUACCUGCCGCCCCUACGCUCUAACCACUAGGGUACCUGCCGCCCCUCCACUCUAACCACCAGGCUACCUGCCGCCCCUCCACUCUAACCACUAGGGUACAUGCCGCCCCUACGCUCUAACCACGAGGGUACCUGCCGCCCCUCCACUCUAACCACGAGGGUACCUGCCGCCCCUCCACUCUAACCACCAGGCUACCUGCCGCCCCUCCACUCUAACCACGAGGGUACCUGCCGCCCCUACGCUCUAACCACUAGGGUACCUGCCGCCCCUCCACUCUAACCACCAGGCUACCUGCCGCCCCUCCACUCUAACCACUAGGGUACAUGCACUAAGUUAUGUGCGUUAUUGGGUGCAACACCUGCCUGUUGUAGAGGGAAUUCUUUCUGUUGAAAGGGGUUCCACUUCCUGGGGUUAUUUGACCAGUUCCUUUUACUUGUUCAUUUUGUACCUGUUGACAGGCGCCUUUAUUGAUCUCAUCAGACAGUGACACUACUAGAUCACUACACUAGCAAGACACACAGAGAGAGAGAGAGUGAGGGAUGAGAGUCAGGGAAGAAAUAUAUGGUAAAGUAAUGGUAUUUACUGUUUAAUAAUGUUUUGUUCAUGCGGACCUGUGCCAUUGAUUUGAAUAUUUUAACUGUUGUAAAGUUGAUUUGCACAUGAUGACAGUACUUGUGGAGUUUUAUGUUUCCCUUUUCAUUACCUCUUCAUCCAACCAUCAUUGUUCACCCCUGUUACCUGGCUGUUCUGUUUUUCACACUAAAUUGGUUUAUUUAUUUAAUUACCUGUUAUUUUCCCAUUCGUUACUCAUUCAGUUAGUCCUUGUAAACUGCCUGUUCUCCUUUUAACCAGUUCAGUACCACCUCAGUUUGUCGUCGUUGGCUGUUACAUAACCUGGUCAGCAUCAACCUUGUUACCUGACUGUUCCCUUGUCUUCACCUGGGCAAUAUUCACAUUUACUGCUCCCCACAAUGUUCCCACUACCCCCAAUCCAUUCGCUGAUAAAUGCUGACUUGGGGAUCGGUAGUCAGUCCCAAAUGGCACCCUAUUCCCUAUAUAGUGCACUAGGUCCUAUAGGGCCUUGGUCAAAAGUAGUGCACUAUGUAGGGAAUAGGGUGUGUGAAGCAUCAAUGGAAAGUCUUCCCAUUGUCCUGCUCCACUUGACACCGUGUUUUAUUUGUUCAUGUAAAUGGGAUGCAUCCCAAAAUACAACUGUACUACGUUCCUUACACAGUGCUCUACUUAUGGGCCCUUGUCAAAAGUAGUGCACUAUGUAGAGAACAAGGGUACUAUUUAAAGUGUAGUGAAUGUAUAAUAAUGAUAUGAAUGGUAAUUUAUUAAUCAUGUACAUGGUAAUUUAUGGAAUGUGAUGCUAUUUACAGCUAUUAAACUUUGUUUUAACACAA